GCAAGCACAGAAGGAGCAGGCAGCAGUUCAUCAGAUAGGUGCUAUUACACAGGCACUGUUCAGAGAGAAGAAUAUCAUCCCAGUUUUAUAAAGGAAGUAAAAGAAGCAAGUUGGAAUGAACUUUGCAUUGGGUUUCAAGACAACCAUGGGGGAGUCUGGCUCUAUGGAGGCCCUGGAGAAGCAGCUCAUCUGUCCCAUUUGCCUGGAGAUGUUCACCAAGCCAGUGGUCAUCCUACCAUGCCAACACAACCUCUGCAGGAAGUGUGCAAGUGAUGUCUUUCAGGCCUCCAACCCUCUUUGGCAGACGCGUGGUUCCACCACUGUGUCCACAGGGGGCCGUUUCCGCUGCCCAUCUUGUCGGCACGAGGUGGUGCUGGAUCGACAUGGUGUGUUUGGACUUCAGCGGAACCUUCUAGUUGAGAACAUCAUCGAUAUCUACAAACAAGAGUCUAAGAGGCCCCUCCAACCCAAGGCGGAGCAGCAGCAGCUAAUGUGUGAGGAACACGAAGAGGAGAAGAUCAAUAUCUACUGCCUCACCUGUGAAACACCAACAUGCUCAAUGUGUAAAGUGUUCGGAGCGCACAAAAACUGUGAGGUUGCCCCACUGCAGACCAUCUACAACAGACAGAAGACCGAGCUAGGCGACGGCAUCGCCAUCUUGGUCGCAGGAAAUGACCGAGUCCAGGCCGUGAUCUCCCAGAUGGAGGAUGUUUGCAGGACUAUUGAAGAGAAUGGUCAGCGGCAGAAACAGCAGCUGUGUGACAAGUUUGACAUGCUCUACGCCAUCAUGGAGGAGCGUAAGAAAGAGUUGGUGGAAGGCAUCAGCAGGGUACAGGACCAGAAGCUGAGCCGAGUGCGCUCACUCAUCCGCCGCCAUGGAGACCACCUGGAGGUGGCGGUCAAACUAGUAGAGGCAGCCAUCCAGUCAAUGGAGGAGCCACAGAUGGCUGUGUUCCUUCAGGGUGCUAAAGAAGUGUGUAAAAAGAUCACGGAUACUGCCAAGGCCUCCAACAUUGAGCGAACGGAGCCGGGUUACGAGAGCAUGGCACACUUUGCUGUCAACACAGAUGAUGUUGCUAACAUCCUGAAAGCUAUUGACUUCCGUACAGACUCUCAGAAUGAGGAAAUAGAAGCACUCUAUAAUCUAGAUGAAGGCAUGGAUGUAGCUUGCCUACCUGGAGUGGAAGAAGAACCAGGGAACAAAACAGGGUCCCCCUGAAGUCUAAAGGUUCUUAAUCAGUCUCCUGAAUCCUUUUAGUUAUAUAAGGCUUCUCUGUAAUCAAUGACACGAUGACCCUAGAGCCAGCAGAACUCUCAAAGCCAGAUCAUACAUAUGCUUUGGAAAUGCUUUUUUUUCUUUUAUCAAUGUUUCCAUCACUCCUUUAACCAUGUAAGGGACUAUGGAAUCAAAUAUAUAUCCUGCCAAACUCCAUUACACGGUUUAUGCUGACGUAGGAUUUUUAAGAGGUGCUAUAAAUGCUUGGAUCAGGUACAUGCACUCUCUUAACACAAUGAAUUGCACAUUGUGUUUACCCCUUCAGCCACUUAAUUCACCUCAAAGUUAUAAUACUUCACCUUCAGACCAAAGAAUGUUGCCCUCACACACUCACUGCGGUGUUCAUCAGAACUAUAUUCUGAGCCUCAAACAAGCUUCACUCACUGGCAUUGUUGUCAAUGAAUGGAUGAAUAGACCUGUAAUCUAUAGCAACUCACAUUAGCUCCAGGGUGAAUCCUUGAUAUUACCUGUCUCCUGAAAUACUGUUGAAAGAUUAAUAGCCAUGUGAACUAUUAUGAUGAUAAUGUCAUAUGCGGCACAUGGACACAUCAUGUGCGAACAAUCAUAAACAACACUAUAGAACUACAGCAAACUUGAACCUACAGGUACUUUUAAGAGGAACUGUUUCAUUUGUACAGCAGCCUUAAACAACCCAUCUGACAGCGGCUCACUCUUCUUAAAGAUAUUAAUAAAAUAAUUGCGGACAGGUACCACUGGACUUGAAGCAGUCUUUCUUCCCUGUUCAUGAUAUUUAAAGCAAAGUUGAAGGUGUAUCAGUUUUCUAAUCAGUCCAUACCACAAGAAUGAGGGGUGAAGUGGGAACUGAGAAUCACAGGUCCAGCUGAGAAUUAACUGGAAGUGGCUCUGCCUAGUGUAUAUAAAUCACACUACAAAUAAGGUCCUGUCUGUUAAAAAUCACACUACAGAUAGGCUCCUGUCUAUUUGCAGUUUAGGUGCUUGUUCUGGAAACCACCCUUCUGUUGAAGCAGCUUUCUGUGCUGUGAGAUGUUUUGUAUUGUGCCACAUGGCAUACAAUAUUUAUUUAGGACUCAGACCACACACUUGCUACAAGCAGUCUUCCAGCAGGCACAGACAUCCAGCAGGAAUUCUCAGAGGCAUCCCCAGUGGCUUUCUCCUUUCCUCACUGUGCAGUCAUGCCAGGCCUUUCCUCUGCACCAUUACUUAAUAACGUCUGUGCUCUGUAUGGCAUUGGGAUAUAUGAAGGUUUGACUGUGUUUGUGCUCACUGGCUCUGAACUUGUCUCCAGAGAUGUCAACCUACUGAGGAAUUCAUUAUAGAGGAGAGUUGUGUGAGGUUGUGGAAUUGACUGGAAUACUGCAAAAGAAGCAUGUUGGUGUAUGCAGUGUUUCUGCAUGAGCAUGGCAGACGUGGAUGUUAUAAACAAUGUUGUUUGACCUCUUAUGACUCAAAGGUGUAAUUUUUCUGAUAAGGGAAACCCACUGAGGGUGAAUAAAAAGGAAUACAAAUACUUUGUUUAAUAAGCAGCAAAGCUAAUUCCUACUUUUUUAAAACAAUGCAGGUUGGUGUCAAAGCAUUUUAUCUAUAAAGAAGGCUCCUACUUGUUUCAAUUUUCUUUACAAAAUGAACACCAGACACAAGAUUCUAACUACAAGAUUUCCUCACUCCCAUGUUCAAGGUCAUAACACCCCAAGAGCAAAUUUUUAUCCUCUCUUUCAUUUGUCUUGAUUUUGUAUUACACUAUGGAUCAAAUGAGGAAUACAUCACCGUAGUGCAAUAAAACAUCUCUUAGCUUCCCACAUUGUGUAUCUGUACCAUUACAUUGAUUGUAAACUAAGUUAUUAAGUUUGAAACAGCAGGGAUAGAGGGUGACAGCUUGAGGGGAAAACUUGGGAAUAAAAGUCUUCAAACACAGACUGAAGACCCAUCUAUUUUUGGAAUAUUUCAAUGACCACUGACCUUCUCCUAUGUUGGCUAACUGACACUAAUACUUGUUGUAUUGCUUAUUGCACUGAUGUUGACUAACAAGCUCCAGUACUUGUUGUGUAUUGCACUUAUUGUCUGAGAUAUAACUUAUUUUGCACUUCAAGGCAUCAGCAUUGAUCCCUGAAUUUCAACUAUAUUCUAGUUCAUUGCUAUAUAGGACUCU